GCGGCAAAUUGAAAGUUUAAAAAUUGGAGAAAAACACAAGAAAUAUGUUUUAGAAGAAGUUCCAUGCCAAGUACGUAUGCUUUUAGCUUGUACAGUGUUUGGUAGUUUAAAUAUAAUGUUUUAGUUUGUUAAAAGGUAUAUUAUAUGUAACAUAAAUAUGUACUGUUCUUAUGAAUUUCAUGAUACAGAAUUUUUAAAUAUUAAUUUUAUGACUUCGCUGCCCUAAAGCAUAUCGGGUAUGUACAUUAGUACAUUUACAAACUAUUCACAACAAUCUGUUUCCAUAUUAAUAAAGCCCUGGGCUAACUGCAAACCAGGAAACAGUGUUCCCUAGCCAAUGGCAAGGUGAACAAAUCUGGAAAUAUCACAAUUAAUAUGAGGAAAUAUUGUUUCCUAGCCCAGCUAGCCACGUUUCCCAGAGAUGGACAAACUGUAAAACAUUGUUGCAGGACAAACACACUCUUGAGAAAAAACAUGUUCAUAAAUUUGUUGGGGAUCACAGUGCUCGAUAUAACGUUUCCAACGUUCCCGAUCAUGCUGAAAGCAGUCAUGAUUUUCUGCUGAUCAAAUGAAAAUCUGGCCAAUCAGUAUAGGAUACGUUCUGUGUAUAUGUUCUGUGAUAAUACCAUAGUAUUGCAUGGUGUUCAUUAACAACAUUAACCAUGUUUUUGAGACGAUGGUUCUUGCCGAUCAAGAUGAUCGACAAUCUUGCUUCUCUGCCAAUCAAAAGCAAUUUCCUGCUGAUCAUAAGCAAUUUCCUAUUGAUCGUUGAUCGGCCGUUAUUUCGUCCCCUGGGAUCAUUUUUGCUUCCUUAAGUAUUGGUCAUGCAACAGUAUUUUCAAGGGUUGGCAAACAUUGAAACAUUUGAAGAAACAUCUUCCCUUUCUCUUCCUUGCUUCACUAGCAAUGGCUGCAGUUGAGAGAAGCCAUAUUGGUUUCCGCGGACCAUCAUCGAUCCCCCUUGGCAAACACCACGACACUGACCCCUCUCAACAUAUGAACCAACUCCAAUUCAAUCUCCAUGCCCCUUACUCCAUCCACUCCUUGGCAUCAAAUUUCCAAAAACCUCAACCUUUGGUCAUAGAGAAGUUUCCUGUUCUCCCAAUGAGUGGGCCAACCAAGCAUCCUGUGGUACACCAUGAUGCACCAAUACCCUCGUCCCCAGCCUCCUCUGUGUCGAGCGAACGCUUGCAUUUUGCUGUGCAGCUUGCUAAGAUUGACGCCAAGAAAUUAUGGAGGAAACAGAAGGAGUUGCAAGAAUCAGAGGAAGAAGGGUGGGAAGAAGUCAAGCAGGAUGAUUUAAGAAAAAUGAAGGCAACUCAAGUGAAAGGUGCAAGGAAGUUAACUCAAGAUGCAAAGAGACCUAAUGUUGGUUAUGUUCAACAUAAAGUAUGUCACACUCGUUUGCAUAACUAUAUAAUAUAUGUCAUUAAAAAUAUAAUUUCUUAAAAAUUCAUUAGGGUCAUUCUAGAAAACAUACACCUCCCCCUGCCUCGUCCCCAGGCGCUAAUAAAAAAUUUCAUGCGAGUCACUAUAUGAAAGAUUUACAUGAAGUAGUGCGUUGCGACGAACAAGCGCAGGGGUUUAUGGGCUUGCUAACCAGAACGCUCAUAUCCCACUCCCCUUUGCGCGCCUAUAAUGUGACGCACUACUUCAUGUAAAUCUUUCAUAUAGUGACUCGCAUGAAAUUUUUUAUUAGCGCCUGGGGACGAGGCAGCACCUCCCCUGUGGAGAAAAUUGGAAGUUAACCCCUCUUAGAAGUUAAUGCCCUUACCUGCCUCGUCCCCAGGCGCUAAUAAAAAAUUUCAUGCGAGUCACUAUAUGAAAGAUUUACAUGAAGUAGUGCGUCACAAUAGUGACUCGCAUGAAAUUUUUUAUUAGCGCCUGGGGACGAGGCAGUGCCCUUACUAUUAUCAGAAACAAUUUUUGCUCGCCUCCUCGAAAUUCCCUUCAUGGGGGGAGUGUGGAUCUUUUCUGGAAUGACCCAUUUAUAUCAUGACAAUAUGUCCAUGCUGUCGACUUUCCAUAUUAGCCAUUCCGAAGUUGAUGAGAGGACUGGGGAAGAAUGUUAAAAAGUGCCCAAAUUAUUAAAUGAACCAAAUCACUAAAAAGACCACAUCAAAAUUAGUAAGUAUACAAAGUUUGAAGAUGUUUACAUGAAUACCCUUCGAAUAAUAAGCUUUCGAAAAUCGCGAUAUUUACUGUGACAUGUAGUGUAAUUUUUGUUUUUGGGGAUGCACAUCCCAAAAACAAGCUUUUAAUCAGUAAUUUCACAAUUUUAGAAAGCUUAUUAUUCGAAGGGUAUUCAUGGAAACGUCUUCAAACAUUGUAUACUUACUAAUUUUGCACUUUUUAACACUCGUCCCCAGUCCACUCAUCAACUUUGGAAUGGCUAAUUGGGUAAUUCCAGAAAACAUCCACACUAUGCCCACAGAGGAAAUUGGAAGUUAACCACCCCACCCCCUUCAGAUGUCCUAGUACAUUUACUAUUAUCAGAAGUAAAUUUCGGGGGCUGUGUAAAUGUUUUCUGGAACGAUGCAUUGCUACAAAGUGUUGAAUUAAAUUGUUUAGAGUAAGAAGGAUAAUGAAGUCAAAAGGAACCUACGCGAGCAUCAGUUCUUCCCAAACUCAGAAGAACAUGGUGGUUCUGAAGAAAAACAGUCACGAGAAGUCAGAAGACUAGAGAAACAAAUUCAAACCUAUUUGCAAAGACUUGAUGGUCUCAUUCAUAAGGUAGCUUGCAAAGUUUGAACAGAUUAAAGUUUAAAUGGACCUUUCCCCUUAUAACUAAAAUUUUGAUCUAGAUAAAAAUUUCAUCACAGCUUGAAAGAGCAUCACAAAAUUAGUAAUAUUCCAAAGUUUCGUUGCGAAAUGUUGUAAAAUGCGGAUAAUAUAGCCUUGCGAAAUUUGCCGUUUUUCAGUCAUUUUGUAAUUUACCACAGUUAGGUAUUACGCAUGGGAAAUUGACAGCCCAAUCGGGCCGUGUUGGGGUAUCAAUUUUCCGUUGGUAGUACAAAAUGACUGAAAAUUGCAAACUUCGCAGGGCUAUAUUAUCCGCAUUUUACGACAUUACGCAACGAAAUUUCGGAAUAUUACUAAUUUUGUGAUGCUCUUUCAAGCUGUGAUGAAAUUUUUGUCCAGACUUGUUUAGAUCAAAAUUUUAGUUAUAAGGGGAAAGGUCCAUUUGAUGUCGUUUCCUAGAUAGUUGAGACACCAACCACGAUAGCUUACAAUGUUUCAUUCUGUAGAGUCAAGAAGUGAUUCAAAAGAAAGACAAAAGACUUCACGUAAGAAGAAAUGAUAAGUAUGACGCGAGUCAUCUUUCUGACGAGGACACAGAUCCUCGUCAGUAUGAGAGAGCAGAAGAACAAGCGACGAGAUCUGCCAGAGUACUGUAUAUGAUUGAAAGACAGGUAAACUAUCACCCUUUCUGUUUAUUAUACCAUUGGGUAUCGUGCAGCAGAUGGUGAUCAACCUGCAGUUAUCAGAAAAAAUGGAAAAAAUAGGCGAGCACGCGAGCAUUGCUCGCAGGAUAUGUUAAACAGCUGCAGGAACUUCGUUUGAACGAAGAUUUGCUAUUGAUUUGCUACCCAUGUCCCAUUCAUUCAUUCACUCAUGUCUCAUUCAUUCAUUUCAUUCAUUCAUGUUUAUGCACAUACAGAUUUAUCACAAAAAUACUCCGUUGGUCUGCAGGAAAUUUUUGUCUCCAGGUUGUGCUUCCAAGAAGAAAAUUAUUUUUUCCUGCCCUGAAAAUAAUGUCAAUUCUUUUCAUUGUCUUGUAUUUGGAUGUGAAUAAGUGGAAUUGAGAGGAGUAGUUUAAUUAGCCUUUCUCAUGCCGCCAUUUUUGGGUGGCAUUUCUGCCGAAGUCUGCGAGAUAAGUCCACAUAACAGCGACUUUUUAUAAUUUUUUGGAUGAAUGAUGGUAAAUUUGCUUUGUAAAAGGUUAGUUUGUUUUGAAAAAUUGCUUUUCACUUUUAAUUGUCUGCAUUGGUUAACGAAAAUUUGAUGCCACCCAAAAAUGGCGGAUAUUCGUCAUCGUGAGAAAGGCUAAUUGUCUUGUUCCAAUAAGUGUCAACAUCUGCUGUUCUGUAAAGCUUGUGAAAAUUCUUUCAUUUAGGUUCGAGAACUGGAUGAUGAAAUACGUAGAAAAGGGAGAAAUAUGAAACAAUCGAAGAAGGUAUAUAGUAAAAAUUAUAUAAUUGGGGAAUUGAUAGAUAGUUCGUCUGGUAAUACGUUUGUGUACAGGUGUAGUCAUCCAUCCGUCAGGACAAAUUUCUUUACUAAGUCUAAGACUGUCUUAGUAAGACAUGUGUAUUAACGGCUUAUUGACAGAGCGUGAGGUCUGUACUGUGAAAUAUCAGACUGAGGUUUUUUAGUAUGGACCGAGCGACGAAGGAGCGAGGUCCACGCAAAAAACAGAGGUCUGAUAUUUCACAGUACAGACCGGACAAGUGAGGUCAAUAAUCGGUUUAUUAUAUUUAUAUGGCUGAACUGAGUCUGUGAGCAUGUGCUUUUCGCGCGAAUUAAAUCGGCUAUCGUCAGUUUCACUGGAUACGGAAAAUACGGACCACGGUCCGGAUAUGGGUUUUUACGAACCGCUUGUCAACCAAUCAGAAUAGCCAUGAAAUAAUUCAUCUUAACAGGUGAUACAUCUACUGUAAGUGUACAAAAUCAAAUACGACAUUAGAAAAAAUUAUCAUGAAAAUAUCAGGCAUGAUUUGUUCCCAGAACCCUUGUCAGUAUAGAUCACGCUAUUCUAGUCUUGUGUUUAAACUGAAAUGGAUGAUCCAAUGAUCCAGCACAAGAAUCAAUGGUUCAAAUUCUGAAUUACUUUCUCUAGAAUCAAACCCUUGGACGUCUAGCGGCAGCCCAGCGAGCCACAGUACGAGCCUUACGUAUGCUGAUCAACAGUGCCCCCCUACAACCCAAGAAAUCCCAACAUUACCCCUCAAUCUAUCAAGCACUUACCUCUCUUAUCCAACAAUUAUCCUUACUGGCCAUCCAAAUCGAGGAAGGUGAUGAUGGAACGAUGAUACAGGUAAAACUGUAGGAGACUGAGACAACACAGACAGAUACUGGGUAGUUCUUUCUUUCUAAACUGCUCUUGCUAGAGGUUCAGUAAGAGGCAUCCCUAUUGGUGUAGUGUUACUACAAGAAUAGCCUACGUAGCAGAACUAGGGGGAGGGGGGAGGUCAACCUACCGUACUACAAGAAGAAAUCGUAGUACCUGGAGAAAACAUACAGUGGUGUUUGCUAGAGUCAAACUGGAAGAACUUUUUUAACAUGUGACUGAGACAGAAUUAUAAAGCCUUGGCCUUAGGCAAACUAGGAAACAUUGUGGCGAAAACAUUGUGACUCGCCAUGUUUCCUCAAGUCAAGUGUUUCUGUGUUUUCCCACCCGUGGAAACAUUGUUGCAGAGACACAAUUUGCUUCCCGAGAAGCAGAAAUGUUUCCUAUCAAGUGCGAUUUUUGUUACGCAAACAUUGUUUCCAGUGUUUGCCCACCUUGGGAAACAUGGCGAAACAUUGGCAGGAAACAGUGUUUCCGCAACAAUGUUUCCUAGUUUGCCCAAGGCUUAAGACUUCUAAUUAGACAACUGCAAGUGAAAAAAUCAAACCACAGUCACAGAGGUUCAACGAAAUGUCAUCAGGACAAGUUUGAUUUUGUUCUAGAACGCAAGAUUUGAACAUCCAUUGAAGAAACGCAGUGAGCAAAGAACGGAUGUGGCAUCUGGAUUCGGAUUACCAGAGACAAAGUCAAACGGCAAACAUGCGUUCUCUCAAGAAUCUGCAGAGAAGGAGUUUAGUGGACGCAGGUCCUACUCAACUUAUCGGCCGUCGAUGAAAGAUACAUUUCCAGGUAGGAGGUCAUUCAACCAUCAGCAUGGUCAAGUCUGUGUCUCGCGUUGCCACUGGCUUACUCAUAGAUGUGGAGGAAGAGAGCGGGAUGAUUUCGUUUCUGUCAUAGUGUUGUCUCUGGCUACGUUUACACUGUACCAGAUAGCUUUCCGUAGCGACGUAAAAAACACCUAUCCGUACCUUAACAGAGCCUGAAAUAACAGUUUUUCCGACCAAAUGCUGAAAUGAUCGGAAAUUUCGUCCGGACAAAUGUUGAAAAAAAAUUAUCUGUUUUUUUCAAAUUAUCGGGUUGCCGCUCAGCACAGUGAGUGCAGUAUCUAUAGUCUUAGAUUAUCUAUACUAGUCUUAUAUAGACUAAUCAAAGUUUCUUCGAUCAGAGUAUGCUUUAAACAAAGUUUAGUUAACUUAAAUGUGUGACAGUGCAUGAGUUACGAGUCAGAGUGACUGCUUUCAUCGUUGUUAAUUUGACGACCUGGAAGAUAAAGAAUGCGUUUCCUCGACGUUUCGAGCAAAGGCACGUCAUCAGGACAGUUAAAUAGGCUGUUUAUUACAAGUAGAGUGAUUUACUGCAUGCUUGACAGAAUUUACUCAACGGAGGGGAUCAAACUAAACUAAAAAAUUUCCAACCAAAUUUGAAAAUUUCCGGUCAAAUUUCAUUUUGCUUGGAAGUUUUGCCGGACAAAUUUAAAAAUUAUUUCAGGCUCUGCCUUUAGGAACGCUAUUUUCAGAGGAGUUAUUGCAACGGAGAGAUGUUGUUUCGCUCAGCUUCUAAAAGUUGUACAUUCCGUGUUGCUACUGGACUAAUUAGUUGAUUUUUUUUUCGUCUGUAAUUUGUCACUAAUUUUAACUAAAGGGCCCACAGUAAUCGGUGUAAACUGUUGUGGUGUCCCCGCCUCUUGUUCUGUCUCAUGUGUAAGAAUUGUUGUACUUGUAGUGUGCACGUUUUUUGUUAAGGCGAAGCUAAAUAAAUAAAUUCCGUAUCGGACAGAUGCUUUUUUGGGCCGCUACGAAAGCUAUCCGAUAUUGUGACACGUGUGAACGUAGCCUCCAUUGCUGUUCACAUAAGACUACGUGAAAAAUAUCUCAAAUCGCUCUGACGUCAUUACGCUGAAAAUGGUCUUCUGGCCAACUCGUACAGGGUAUAGACUUGAAUAUUUUAUUUUCUCGCUGCAGAUGAUUCAGCUCUUACGGUCGAUGCUACUCCUGAGAGAAAUGCAACAUUGAAAGCUGGUUUGGAAGCUUUGUUGAGAACGAAGGAACUUGAGAAGGUGAGUCCAUGUUUACAUGAAUGGACACACUCAUUUAGCAAUCUUUUUAAACAGUAAAGUAUAUCAAGUAUUACAAGUUAGCGCUGGAAGACUUUUUGACGUUGAUGAUCUAAGGACAAUGGAAAUCUAUAUGUUUGUCUUGUAACAAGUCUCUUAAUCUGUCCUGUCACAUAUCGUGUUGUUAUUAGAUUUGUGUUCGUUGUAUAGUAUUAGCAUAGUUCAUGGGGCCGCUUACCCUGGAUUCCAGAGCCUUCAGUAAAUAAUAAAUUGAAACGUCGCGAAGGCGCUGGUUCAACGGGACGAUUCUUUGAUUAAACCGCGCCUAUCACAAAACAGAAUUAGUGGUUUUAGUACAGAAUCUGUACUAAGGGUUUUAGUAACGAAUCAUCCCGUUGAACCAGAGCCCUCGCGACGUUUCAAUUUAUUAUUUACUGAAGGCUCUGGAAUCCAGGGUAGGGGCCACUGUAAUUGGUGAAAACUACAAACUGCCAGUGGAACACAUAAUUAUAUGUUGUUGUAAAUAUAUUGUUAAAUGUAGCAUGUUACUUGGCAAAGUUUAAUUAAUUAAUUAAAGGCUACCAUGGCUAUGCAUGUACUAUGUGUACAUAUUUUAUAGAAAAGUGCGAAACCACCGUUGAUUCCAGCCAAUACCAAGAAGAAAUCCGUUCUCUUGCCACCAGCGCUUCAGGUAACUACACUAACUUUAUUUAUACUGGAUAAUUCUAUCAGUUCUAAACUGUUCUCUCCAGAGGUCCAGGUGGGGCCAUACUUUGUUUGUGCAGUGUUAAACGAAAAAAGCUGUGUUUUGAGACCAACAAUCUUUCUUCUUUCAAAGGCCAAACGAAGAAAAGCCCAUGCUGCCGUUCAAAAAAGUGUUAGAUUUCCCAGUGAGACUGCACACUUUACAAAAGAAACGACCGCCUCUCGUUUGAAGAAAGUUGAGAAACAAAAAGCGAUGGUGAAGGGGGAGAUGAGAUUUCCCAAAAAGGGUGAUGGUGGUGCUGAAGGUGGGGCCGAAGGUGGCGCUGAAGGUGGUGCUGGCCUCACAGUAGUGCCAGGGCAAGCUGAGACGAGGAGUGGGCCUGAAAGCAGACAUGAGAUAGACCACCAGUUACAUGAACGUGAGAUACAGAGGUAUAUAUCUUUGUUUCUAUCCACAUCAAUACUACACUGUAGGGUGGAGGGGAGUCCACCCUUUUAUUAACCUUGACCAAGAUUCCCCCCAGACUGGAUACCCCAGUAUAUCCCUAUUCAUACCAAUCAACAUCAUACUCUUACACCACAACACACAUAUUCUACUAUACAGUAUAACAUUGAACAAACUAUUUCAACAUUCAGACAGCUGUGGCUCGAGGACGAAUCAAGAAAAAAGUUACGGUAAUAUCAAGUUUAUAUUGUAAAUAUAUUGUUGAAUUUUUUAUAAAGCUGAGGACCGUUGUAGCAAGGCUGGAUAGCGCUAACACCGGAUACUGAUUGGUCCAACCUUUGUAAAAAUGCCUGAGAAACUGUGGUACUACGCAUAUUGACUCCACCAUAAUUAUAAAAAAUGUUAAUCUGGGUUAUACUGAUAUAAUACUGGGUAAAUGUCCAUUUCCACUCAAGAAAAAUUUCCACCCACAGAAAAUGUUCCGAAAAUAUCAUUGUGAAAAGUUGAAAAUAUUCAACUUCAAAGAUUUUUUUCCGAAGGGAAACUUGUGUCUGCCAAUCACAUUUUACAAAAUGUUCUUUCUGCGGAAAAUUUUCCUGAGUGGAAAUGAGCCUUUAUGCCAGUUUUAGGAAGCUUGGUAAAUCACUAUUCGGUGAAUAGCGCUGUCCGUGGAACCGGUCCCCGUUUUAUUUCCGUGGUUCUAAAACAUUUUUACGCUAUAUUUAGUGAAGUCAUGGACAUUCCCAAGACUUUAGUAUCUGAGGCUGAAGAAGCAAUCAAAAUGAAACUAAAGCCAAUAUUAGAUCAAGCACAGGUAUAUAAUAGUGGAUAAAUUAAUUACACAUAAUGUUGAAAGUUGUAGAAAAGUUAACAUUAGCGAAAAUGUAUACUUCUAAAAUCUAUCUAUUCCAAGAAAUAUUCAUUUCUACGUCUUCUUUACAGGCAGUGGUUGACAAUUCCAAAUCAAAACCAGUUCAAGAACGUUUUGCAAAUAUCGCUUCCAAAGUGGUAAGGUAACUUUUUCCUCUUCACGUUCAAUCUCGUACCCAGAGUAUGCCCGUUCGCAGGGUACUUGCUUCACGGUUGCCUUUCCUCGCACUAGUCACGCCCUAGGCGGAUUAUUCACUAAAGGGAUACCGAAUGGUUUUCCGUGCAAGAUUGCGUGAUCAACGCACGAGGGAUGUCGCGAGACUUUCGGAAAGCGUAAAAAUACUCGAGCCGCAGGCGAGUGUAUUUUUACGCUUUCCGAAAGUCGAGCCACAUCCCAAGUGGAAAACCAUUUGGUAAUUGUUUCAUAAAAUAACUACAGUGAAACAAUGGCAUUUUGAGAAUCCCGCGAAGGCAUUUUAACUCUUCGUGCAGGAUAGCCUGAUCCUGCACGGCUAUUGACCAAUCAAGUUGCGCGUUUCACUGUAGUUAUUAUAUAAACCAAAUUCCUGCAUCAGUCACUGUCAUCAUGGAUAAUAAAAUAAAUGGAUAGGACUCUCGCUGACGUAAGCAAAAACAACCUAGUUGCAAUCUGUGACGUCACGCGUAUUGCAAAGUUCUCUGCAUUUUUGUUGUUUCGCUAUAUUUUCCGCCUUAAAAGAGCAAUAUUGAAGCAUAAACCGGUCUAAUUGUUUUAAAAACAUGCCUAAGCCACGACAAAGUAUUCAAGGUAAAUGUUUUUCGUCUUUGUUUUGUAUUUUUUUAUUUUUGUAGCUACGAAAUUGGCGUCCCCAAUUUUAACGAAAUUUGGGAUGCCUUUUUCACUGUUUAAUGCUUGAAAUAUUUGCUAAAAUUGACUGGGAAUACUUAGAGAUUUCAUCGUAGAAUGGCGUAGUUACAUUCAUUUGCUCUUUGACUAAAAUGUUUAGCUGUAUUAUUGCUAAACAUGCCGUUUUUGAGAAUUUGGUUUUCAACUAGGUUUCAACAUCCAAUCACGCCAUCAGCCCAUUGAAAACAUUAGGUCACGUCAGCUAGUUUCCUAUCCAUUUAUUUUAUUAUCCAUGCUGUCAUUAACACCAACGCGCAUAGGAAUCAAUCUGAAACUCUCUACUUUCCUCUUGAUAACUUCAGACUAUGCAAGAAAAUGAGGUUUUGUCAGAAAUGAUUCUUGAUGAUCUCCUUCUCGACACAGCUCAAGAAUUUCAAAGGUACAAUUUCAUAGUUUUGUGUGAGCACGUUGGAAGGUGCAGAAAAACUAGCUGCAUUAUCCUUCACUCUUUCAAUUCUAAACAUCAGGGGUUGGAGAAAAUAGGCGAGCACGCGAGCACUCGCAGGAAAUGUUAAACAGCCGCAGGAAAUUCGUUUGAAUGAAGAUUUGCUAUUGAAAAUUUGAAGGAAACCUUAACAUCUAUGUCCCACUAUGAGCACAACAACAUAUGGUUGACAGACAGUAUUCCUUGAAUUUAAAACCAAUACCAUAGUCAGCUAGAACACUACGCACAUGCAGAUUUAGCACAAAAAUACUCCGUUGGUCUGCAGGAAUUUUUUGUCUCCAGGUUAUGCUCCCAGAAAGAAAACUAUGCCCUGCUAAACAUUUUCUUUUAGAUUGGAAAGCAGCGAUGAAGUUGACAGUGAAACCUCGUAUCUGCAAAAUAGUUCGACCUUGGAAAAUAUUUUACAACGGCUGGAAGAUUUCGAGGUAAUUUCAGCAAAUGUCCAAUUGUCAUUUCAACUCACUUACAUGUGAGAUGAAUUCUUCCACUGUGAGUCCUCUAAACACCACAGGUUUUCUCCCAGUACUUCAGUUUCCUCCUGUAGAAAUACUGGACAAUGUUUUUGUUGAUUUCUAGAAAGAAGAGGAAAGCAUAAGACGACAUCUAAAUCAUGUGUCUUACACCGAUACAUAUGAAACCAAACAAAGUCAAAGACGCGAUAUCAGACAAUUCCAUCAAGGUGGUAUAUAUUUGCACUUGACACUCUGACCUGGGGCCACAGGCCUUCGCUUGAAUCGCACGUUACAUACAUAUAUUACUCAGCACACUCCCUUAUCAGGUUUUUCAGUGACUGGUUACAUUAGAGCAGACCGAGGUAGACUGUGAGCUUACAGAUGGCGCUUUAAGCAGCCGCUAGUGGUCCAUACCUCAUUAAUGAUCUGCCCCCUAACCUAUGUGCCUAACCCACCCUGUCAACUUUCCCUGUGUGGGACGAAACCCACGACUUUCGGCAGAGCGUUGAAUUUUACUCUUUUCGCAAGAGGACUGGGUUCUAGUCGCAUUGAGAAAGUUCUCACCGAGGCUUGAACCUGCGGCCUCAGAGGUGAAAGGCAAGUGCGCUAGCCACUUGGCCACGAUAGUAGAUAAAUGUGGUGGUCCAGUGUAGAUAGUAUUUGGCCACCGAAACCACGUUGAGGAUAACGAGCAACAAACAAUUGUCGCUUUAAAAUAAUUUAUACUUUCCCUAGAUGAAAGAGAAAACGUGUUCACGAAAGAAGAAGACAGAACCAAAACGACUUCGGCCGUCAAACCUUCUACGGUGUUUAGACCUGUGGACAAACCUCCGAUCCCUUUAUUCCUGCCAUCAAAAGUCCGGGAUAAUAUAUUCUCGUAUAGGGAGAAAUACUCCCAAUAUCUGAAGCAAACUAAUGCCGAACAGCAUGGCACGUUUGAUCCAUGGCAAUUUGUUGAAAGGUGUGUGCAAUCUCAUCUGCUAACACUAGACCAGUAAAGAAUCGUCCUUAUUGGAUCUCUGUGGAGAACAGUUCAGAACUGAUAGAGCUAUCCAGUAUAAAUAAAGUUAGUUUAGUUUAGGUUUCCUCCUGUAGUAACACUGGAUCAAUAAGAAUGAUCCUUACUGGACCUCUAGGAAGAACAGUUUAGAACUGAUAGAGCUAUCCAGUAUAAAUAAAGUUUAUAGAUUAGUUUGAUUUACAGAAAACGUAAAGUAUUUUUAUCUACCAUUAUUUUAUCUACUAUUAAUUAUAAAACUAUUUUUACUCUGCCAGGAUAAGCGAUGAUAUUUUGGAAGAAAUAAUCUUCGAUGUGGCUAACGAAUUUACUGGAGCUUGUGACGAUGUCACCGAAAUGGUAUUUAAAUCAGAAUUUAUGAAAGAAUGAAUGUUUUUAGAUCAUUUAUAAAUAAAGUAUUUUAUAUAUAUAGACAAAAAUCGGCUAAUGUAGGUGGUAUUCUACAGUAAGCUGUCGUGGUUUAGUGAAAAAUAUAUCUCAAAUGUGGUGGCCCGGUGUAGGUAGUAUUCUACAAUAAGCUGUUGUGGUUUGUGUCUGAACAAGCCGUCAACAAGUUGUCUUCGCACUGCUUGUCACAAGUUGUCAACAAGUUUGGAACAAGCUGUUAAGUAGUUAUACCCCCCCCCCCCGUACAGGGUACAUUUUUCCCGCCAAAAACGUCGCCAUUAUUUUUUCCAUCAAAUGACGUCAUACCAUGCAUGACAUCGCGUUUAUAGGUCAAUUUUUUUCUUAUGCGUACUGUGCGUACACGCAUAAUUCGGUA